UCUCUCGGUGCCAGUCCAUCGGCUACCUGUGGUAUCCGUCGAACGUUCAGCAGUAACGGUAAUUCCACGCACACGGCACCUCCGGCUCCCUUCAGCGAUGGAUCCCCGUUUUGGUCUCCUCGUUCUCCACAUUCCAUUGGCCCCGGGUCUGUUGCUCUGGCUCAAUUCGGCGGCUAUCCACCGACUUCGGGUAGCACACCAACCAGCGGUGGUAGUCAUCCAAGCAGUGCGGCUGGUAGAGAACCUGGUGCUUUUGGUCCUCUCCCAUUGUCCCCGACAAUGGCACUCGGUGUUCCGGAAUCGGGGCCCACCAAACCGAAUCCUUCCAUGAUG